AUCAAAAACUAGAGAUCGUCAACAAUCUGUUGACUAACUUUUGUUAUGUUAAAUAGAGACCAAAAAUAAGCAAUUAUUUUACUCUCUGAUUUACAAAAACUCUGUAUGUAGUACUUAAAGUGGAUAAAAAGCAAUGGAAUAGUAUUUAAUAAAUUUGAAAUACCAUCCUGUCUAAGCAUGGUUAGAUUAAAGAUGAAAUAAAAAGAGAAAUUAAAGUUACAAUAUUUGAUAUACAAGACAAAUAUGAAGUUACGAAAAAAAUUGUGCGUGUGCAUUAUUGUUAUUUUAAUUGUCGUUUUUGUUGGGGUUACCUGGAAAAAACUCGAUAACAAGUUUAAAAAUGACAACUGGAUAAAACUUCGUAAAGAUCACAUGAUAAAUUAUUUUAAUUAUUCGUACAAAAUACAAAAAUCGAACUCAAGUGCUUGUGUGUUGCCAUCCCUUAAUGCAUUUAGUCCCGAUAUUUUGAAGUUUAUGAAAUCUACUUAUUUGAGUUGUUCAAAAAAGCGUUACGGUAAAGUUACAACAGAUGGAUGGUUUAUUUUACCAGCAUCAGGCAUUACUACUGUUAGUAUACGCUAUAUUUACAGAUACAAUCCUAAUAAUAUCUAUAUAAACAAUGAUUUUGCUGUGAAACUGUCAGAUCCUACCUACGUUAAGGAAGAGAAUGGUGUGUUUAGACAUAAGCUAGCUAGUGAUUUUAUUAAAGUGGAUUUAUAUUAUAAAGGGAUUCGCCAUGUUGAGUUCCAUGCUCAUGUCAGUUCUCAAACACAAAAGGCAUUUAAAAAAAAUGCAAAAAGGAGACAAGAUGUUCAUGGUUUAAAGCUAGAUGUUGUUUUUCUAAUGAUUGAUUCUCAGUCUAAUGCUAACUUUCAUAGACAGCUUUUGAAAAGUUUACCCAAUCUUUUAAGCGACGAAGAUACGAUAAUUCUUAAUGGACACACUAUAGUUGGUGAUGGUACGACAGCACAGCUAGCUGCAAUUUUUAUAGGUGAACAUGAAAAAGAUCUUCCUGAAACAAGACGUAGUAUGCCUAAUUCAGGUACAUGUGAUCAGUUCAACUUUAUAUUUAAGGAUUUACACAAAGCUGGUUAUGUCACAAUGUUUAGCGAAAGCGAUCCGAACUUGAGUUCUUUUCAUUAUCGCCUAAAUGGUUUUAAUAAUGCGCCCACUUCUUGGUAUCUUCGUCCAUUUUGGUUAGCUCAAGAUUCCUCACCUAAAUGUGACUUUGAAUAUAGCAAUAUACUACUCAAAACGUUUACUGAAAUUUAUGAAGAUUUACCAAAGGUGUCACUUGUUGUAAACUCUGCUGUAGCGCACAACGAUUUUAAUGCUUUACAAUCAGUAGAUGACGACAUUCUUGAAAUGAUAAAUUAUUUUAAAUCUCCUUUAAGAAUAAAUCAUACAAUUUUCAUAAUAUUUGGAGAUCACGGCGCACGUAUUGGUGAGUUUCGUUCAAUAACACAAGGAAAGCUAGAAGAAAGAUUACCCUUUUUUUCAAUAACCUUACCUCCUGUUUUUAAAUAUAAAUACCCGAAGAUGUUUUCAGCUUUAAAGAAAAAUUCGAACGUCUUAACAAAUCACUUUGAUAUUUAUGCAUCACUCCAACAUAUACUUAGUUACCCAGAUUAUCCAAAUAAAAAAAUGAUUGGCCAAAGCUUGUUUACUGUAAUUGAUCCUAAUAUUAGAACUUGUAAAAGUUCUGGCGUUGCUGAUCAUUGGUGUCCUUGUUUAAAUUAUAAAAAAGUUUCAGUAUCAGAAAAAAAAGUAAUAAUGGUUGCGCAUGCUGUAGUUGAUUACAUUAACAGUCUAAUAAAUAAUAAUAAAAAAGCAAAAUUACUUUGUUUCAAGCAAACCUUAGGAACAAUUUUAUCAGCUGGUAUUAAAGUUCCUAAAAAUGAAGUUAGUCAGUUUAUAAAAACAAAUAAAAACAAAAAUUGCGAUGCUUGCGACAUUGUUUACGACAAUACGAUUGUUUCUAAACAAUAUUACGAAAUUGUCUUUACAGUAGAUCCUAGUAAUGGAGUUUUUGAAGCCAAUGCUGAUAUUUCCCCAGAUAACUCAAUAAUUGUUGAUCCAAAUAUUAGUCGAAUAAAUCUUUAUGGUAACCAACCACGUUGUAUUAUGGAUGAAUAUCCUCAUUUACGUCCGUACUGUUAUUGCAAAUGACAAAAUACUAUUUGGCUAUUAUUUAAAAGUUUUUUAUUUUUAGGAUUCCAUUUUCCCCAAUCUUGUAAAAAAAUAGUUUUAUAAAAAUAAGCAGGAGGUCCAAAAAGAUACGGAUUACUAAAUUCAAUACAAUCUUUUCUUAAAAUAGCCUCUAUGUGGGUUGUAAAUAAAAUAAAGUUGUUACAAACACAAUGUACAUCUCCAAUAAAAUAUAAAGGAUUUUUAUAAAUAUAUACAAAUUAUUACAUUACUAAAAGCAUUUACAUUAUUACAAACUAAAUAGAUCUAUUUAAUAGAUAUCAAAUAUAUUGAUAAUAUAAGUUUAAUAGAGUAAUUAAAACUUUACUAGUGAACAAUUAUGUUAUGUACCUCCACUUGUAUACUUAUGUACCACCACUUGUAUACUUAUGUACCACCACUUGUAUACUUAUGUAUCACCACUUGUAUACUUAUGUACCACUAUAUGUAUAUCAAUUUUA